AUUACUUCGUGGUUUAAGAUUUAUUAUUAAUAUAUUUUCAAUUAUUCUAUAUAUCUUAUUCUUUGUUUCUUUAAAAUUAUUUAAAAAAUGACUAGUGGUUAUCAAGUGAAGGAAGAAAGUGAUAACGAGAAAACAGCAACAGCUGUGACAACGGUGACAGCAACAACAAGUACUGCAGGUACUCAAAUCGCAAGUGUAGGUGCUGCUAGCAAGGAAAUUCCGGAACAUAUUAGAAAAUUUGUGUUUACGAAUCAGAAAACUGAAAAUUCAAGCGAUACCAGCGACUUAACGGAACCUCUGGAAAAAGUGGAAGUGCAAAUACCUGAGCUCUUACAAAGUGGUUACUCCUUCUAUACUUGGCCGUGUGCUCCGGUAUUGGCUUGGUUUUUGUGGGAAAGUCGUCGAAAUCUUGUGGGCAAGCGUGUUCUCGAAUUGGGUGCAGGCACAGCGCUACCUGGUAUAUUAGCUGCUAAAUGUGGUGCACGUGUUAUACUUAGCGACAGUUGUAUAUUGCCAAAAUCAUUAGCACACAUUCGCAAAUCUUGCUCAGUUAAUAAUCUUGUACCCGGACAAGAUAUUGAAGUUAUCGGUCUCAGUUGGGGUUUACUACUCAACAGUGUUUUCAAUAUAGGACCACUUGAUUUGAUAAUAGGAGCAGAUUGCUUUUACGACCCAAGUGUAUUUGAAGAUAUACUUGUAACCAUUUCGUUUUUGCUUGAAAGAAAUACGGACGCAAAGUUUAUUUGCACAUAUCAAGAGCGUAGUGCUGAUUGGUCUAUCGAGGCGUUGUUAAAGAAGUGGAAGCUACGUUCAGUACCUAUCAUUAUCGACAACUUGGGUAAAAAUUCUGGAGUUGAUCUCUUGGAAUUAAUGGGCAAUCAUACUAUACAUUUACUUGAAAUCACAAAGGAGCGGUAAAAAGUUGUUGCAACGUAUUUUUUUCAUUUAAAAAGAAUAUUAAUAAUUAUUCAUAAUGUCUGGAGUUGCACGCAAUUCGUAUAAACUGUUUGUUGGGAAUCUACCAUGGACCAUUGGCCAAAAAGAAUUACAAUCAUAUUUUUCCAACUAUGGUCAUGUUGCUAGUACCAUCGUAGUUUUUGAUAAGCAGCUAGGCUUCUCAAAGGGAUAUGGUUUUGUAUCAUUUAGCAGUCGCGAUGGAUUUAAUAAUGCUUCCAAUAAAAAUACACAUUUCAUCGAAGGACGAGUACUCAAAGUGCAGCCAGCAAACUCUUAAAAAUAUUCUAAUUAAGAAUCGUUAUCAUCUACAUGUCAAAUUUGUAGCACCUGCAUCAAAUUAAAAAGUUAUUAAAAACAUUUCGUAAAAUUUACAAAAACACAUA